CGUGGUAAGCAUCUAGCAUAAUCACCCUUUCUCUUCUUUUUUUUUUUUCUUUUUUUUUUUCUUUUGCUCUUAAUAAUUACACGUCAAGUUCAAUUGCUUCUUUCUACAACUAGUUCACUUUUCAGUAUCUGACAACAUCCUGUACUUCAACCAUGGAAUUUUUAGCUUUUAUCUCCGUUUUCUAUAUCGCAAUGGUUGUUGUCUUGAUUUCUCAAGUAUUCUUCAAGACAAAUCGAACGGUUAAAGAUCAAUCAACUCCUUCUGUAUAUGACUGCUCAGUUGAUCCUUCUGUAUUACAAGAUUUGAAGGAGAUAGCAUCAAUGAUUGAGAGUGGAGCAAAUACAAGUGAAGUAAGGAAGAUAUACAAGGCUAUGAGAUUGACCAUGAAACUCAGGAGGAAAUUAAAGGUUUCAAUGCUAUCUGCUUUCUUGAAUUAUGCUCUUGGCCAUGUUUCUGAGGUCCAUGCACAGCUAUCUUCAUACGUGCCACAGGAUAAAUAUGACACUCAAGUUGAUGUGGAAAUGUCUGAAACUGAAGCCCAUUCAACACAUCUGGUGCCUGAGCUUGAGACUUAUUGCUACUUGCUUGUUCUAAUAUUUCUGAUUGAUCAGAAAAAAUACAAGGAGGCUAAGGCUUGUUCCUCAGAAAGUAUUGUUCGUCUAAAGAAUAUGAAUAGCAGAACUGAUGAUGUUCUUGCAUCGAAGCUCUAUUCCUACUACUCUUUAAGUUAUGAACUUGCUGGUGAUCUCGCCGAAAUUCGAGGUGACCUGCUUGCUUUGUACCGAACUGCAACAGUACGCCAUAAUAAGUUGAGUCAAGAAACACUUCUCAAUCUGUUACUGAGAAAUUACCUUCACUAUAACUUGUAUGAUCAAGCAGAAAAAUUUCGCUCAAAGGCCCACUGUGUUGAAGCUCUUUCAAACCAACAGUUCUGUCGAUACCUCCUCUACCAGGGAAAGAUCAAGACAAUUCAGUUGGAGUACACAGAUGCCAAAGAUUCUCUUGUACAAGCUGUGCAGAAAAGUCCAGUAACUGCAGUUGGUUUCCAAAUACAAUGCAAUAAGUGGGCUAUUAUUGUCCAGUUAUUGCUUGGAGAGAUCCCUGAGAGGACUGUAUUUACACAGAAAAGAAUGGAGAAAGCAUUGAGGCCAUACUUUGAGCUGACAAAUGCUAUUCGCAUAGGAGAUCUAGAGCUAUUUAGAACAGCAGAUGAGAAAUUUUCCAGCAUUUUCAACCAAGACAGAACAAGUAACUUGAUUGUCAGACUCAGGCAUAAUGUCAUAAGGGCAGGGCUUAGAAACAUCAGCGCUUCGUACUCUCGUAUUUCACUGGCUGACAUUGCCAAGAAGCUAAACUUGGAUUCUGAAAAUCCAGUUGAUGAUGCUGAGAACAUUGUAGCCAAAGCAAUUCGAGAUGGCGCAAUUGAUGCCACAUUAGACCAUGCCAAUGGAUGGUUGGUAUCAAAAGCAACUGGGGAUGUUUACUCCACAAAUGAGCCUCAAAUUGCUUUUAACUCAAGAAUUGCCUUCUGUCUUAAUAUGCACAAUGAGGCUGUCCGUGCUCUUCGAUUUCCACAAAAUUUGAGAAAUAAGCAAAGUGCGGCGACGUAGAGAGAUGCUUUUUAAUAGAAUCAACAUCUUGUAGGAUUACCAUUUUGAAUUAAGGUACAUAUACUGACAAUGUAAAGAAUUUUUACAGUAUCAAUGCAAUUUCACUU